ACUAACCUUUUAUUUAAUCUCCCGCCAGUCAUCGACUUGGGAGUGGGACAUGUGCCCCCGGGCGACCUUGCUGUCAGACACAAUAACUGUGGGCGUUAGGGUUACGUGACACUUCCAGAGAGGGGAAUGUUUUCACGGCAUCAGUUCAAUCCCGUUUGGAUCCUCACCUGGUUAUUGCAGCGACCACCCCCGCAACUGGCGGUCUCCAAACGUGGCAUCCGAAUCGUCAGAGUCUCUUUCCUGAAAGCAGAUUCCCGGGGGCCGCCUCUCGUAAUCCGAUUCGGUACGUCUGGGCGUGCCUGGAAUCUGCAUUUUAACUAGCGCCUCUGGUGGGCUGAAAUGCACACUCAAGUUUCAGAACCACUGCUUGCUCGCGGCCCCGCUUACCCCUUGAAUGAGGAGCUGUGACUCAAGCACCACCAGGGUACCCCGGGUCCUGCAGCCAGCCUCGCUUUACAGAGGAGAAGGCCGAGGCACACACACAUCCAGGGGAUGGCACUGGUGGGAUCUGAACCAGGCCGUUUGACUCCAUUGCCUGUGUUCUUCCCCACCGCCCUCUACUGCAGGAGUAAGAGGUGCCAUGGCCAAGAGGCACCCCCUGGGCCUCCUCCCAACCCCUCCAGAGGCCGAUCGCAGCAGCUCGGGGUGUUUUGUCCUCUCCCCUAAGGGAAGGAGAAGUUGGGGCCUGGCAUCUUGGCCACGUCUGGGGACCAGCUGCCUCCUGGUGGAUGCCACCUCCAAGGCAGCACGUGGAACUAGCUCUCAAUGCCCACUAGGUGCCCAGCUGCUGCCAGUGCCCAGCAACCACCCAGGAAACUGGGCAAUAGCAAAAGUGAAACCGACUCAGCCGGUUUCCCACCCCCGCCAAGGGAAAUGGGGAGCAGCCUCGGCUGGACAACAACCAAUUAGGCACUUUUUAUUGCCCACGCUGUCAUAAUCCUUGCAGCUUGGCUCUGAUGAAGAAGAGGAAAUGGGAUGCACUGGAACUCCAAGAAGCUUAAAGAGUUCAUGCUGGCUAUCCCCCUGCUUCCAGGCAAGAGAGCCCAAAUGCCAACCACCAGAGAUUUCCUCCAAGUGAGGCCCUCAGCCUUGGAAGUUGACAGAUCUUUGUGGCUAACAAGCCCUUCAGCCUUGUGGGGGGCUCCAGAAACUCAGGGAAAGAAGAAACCUGCCUCUCUUAAUUCUGGGGACAAGUGGGGGUAGGCUAGGCAUGUAUCUAGGGCACAGAUAUGGUUGUGGUUCCGGACCAACCCUCUGGUUGCAGAACCCUGCAUGUUGGCAUCAGGGUUCAGGGAAUUACCCUUUUUUUUUUUUUUUCUAACACAAUCAGAUUCCUCCCUCAGACUGGCAGCUCCCCAAAGCAGUGGAAUAGAGGAUUUGUCUUCUCCAAGAGACUGAAAGCUGAUGGCUUUCCCAAGGACAGCCACGCCUCAUUCGUCCUCUUCCCCUUCCUCAGUUGCUCAGUGCUGAACUCUGUCUGUCCAGGUCAGUCCUGCCAUCCAUAUGCAAUGCCUGUGGCUCUGGCCCAAAGGGGGCUGUGCAUUCUGAUUGGGAAGUACAACCACAGCCAAGAAGUGCCUCUGUUUCCUCAUCUGUAAAAUGGAGUAAUAAUAGGACACACCUCAUUAUUGUGAAGAUUAUGUAAGAAAAUGUGUGUGCCUGGCCCAUAACAGGCACUCAGUAAAUGAGAGCUCUUACUGGCUCUUUGGACAACUGGCAAAAGGAGAGAGACCCCACCCUGGGCAGUUGCUUUCUGCCCAUCGGAGACCAGGAUGGGGAAAUCCAGCAGCCCAAGCUUAGAGGGUCAGAGCCGGCAGCCUGGCAGCAGUGUGCGGCUCUGCAGCCCGCUGUAGCAGGAAAAGCUGAGACCAGCAUGGCUGCCCUCAGGGACCUGGAGCAGAGAGGGCAACAACUUGAACAACUUCAAGUCAGGACCCAACCAUCAAGGCAGAGUGGAGAGAGGAAGGCGCGAUGUGUUUCACUGCCUCAGACCGGGGAUGGGUAUGGCAGUCCUUCUUGCAGAGUGCUGUGGGUCUCAAACCCAGCGGAGCCAUUCAUCUGGCAUCUUCAGGAAUUGGGACAUGGGCAGAGGGAUAGACUCAAUGAUCUCUCCCAGACCAUGGAUCCCAAAAUCACCUAAAGGAGGGGAGGGGACGCAGGUAGGUGAAAACACAUCCGGGCUGAGCACACACCCAUCUUCCCUGUCAUGCAUGGAGACAUGCCCCUGGGUUCAGAGUGGUCAACGAGCUGCUUCACAUAUCAUACUGUCUCUUCUUAGGGGGAAUGGGACCUGGGGUUGGCAGCGGCUGUGAGGAAGAGGAGGCACUGCCUCUGCAGCCAGUUCUGCCCUAAGUGAGGACCCUGGGUGGGGCUGAGCAGGAAUGACACUUGGCAUGGAGCCAGGGCCCUCGGGCCGGGCAGGCAGGCUGAAGGAGGAGGGAGUGUCCUGAUUUUACGAAAGAGAUGGGGCAGACCCCACUGCCCUCUGCCUUGGGCCUCCGAGGAAUAAGCAAGUAGAAUUGGAAUAGGGAGUCAGGGGAGAGGGAUUCUGAAGCUCUUGAGAAAAUCCUGGGGAGUGGGGAGUGGAUUUCCUUUCAUCUUCCUUUCCUCUUUUCAGCUUGAACUUAGAAGUCACCUCCUCUGGGAAGCCUUCCCUGCAUUUCCCCAUGUUUCCUGAGUUUACCUUUGCCACGGUACCAUCUGAGGCGCCCCUGACUGUCUCUGCCCCCACCCCCACCCCGGGUUCCGGCAAUGCUAACCGCUGUCUGCGGCUCUCUGGGCAGCCAGCACACGGACACGCCUCACGCUUCGCCUCCGCGCCUCGACCUGCAGCCUCUCCAAACAUACCAGGGCCACACGAGCCCGGAGGCCGGGGACUACCCCUCCCCGCUGCAGCCUGGAGAGCUGCAGAGCCUCCCGCUGGGCCAGGAGGUGGACUUCUCACAGGGCUAUGAGCUGCCUGGGGCCUCCUCGCGGGUAACCUGCGAAGACCUGGAAAGCGACAGUCCCUUGGCCCCGGGACCCUUUUCCAAGCUCCUGCAGCCGGACAUGUCGCACCAUUACGAAUCGUGGUUCCGGCCGACCCACGCAGGCACAGAGGAUGGCUCAUGGUGGGACCUUCAUCCGGGCACCAGCUGGAUGGACCUCCCCCACACUCAGGGCGCGCUGACCUCACCCGGCCACCCGGGGGCGCUUCAGGCUGGUUUGGGAGGCUACGUCGGAGACCACCAGCUUUGUGCUCCCCCGCCUCACCCGCAUCCUCACCACCUGCUCCCAGCCUCCGGAGGGCAGCACCUCCUGGGGCCUCCCGACGGGGCUAAGGCCCUGGAAGCGGUGGCCCCGGAGGCCCAGGGGCUGGAUUCCAGUCUGGACGCGGUGACCAGGCCCAAAGGCUCGCGGCGGUCAGUGCCCCGCAGCUCAGGCCAGACCAUGUGCCGCUGUCCCAACUGUCUGGAGGCGGAGCGACUGGGGGCUCCGUGCGGGCCUGAUGGGAGCAAGAAGAAGCAUUUGCAUAACUGCCACAUCCCUGGCUGCGGGAAGGCCUACGCCAAGACGUCGCACCUGAAGGCGCACUUGCGCUGGCACAGCGGCGACCGUCCCUUCGUGUGCAACUGGCUCUUCUGCGGCAAGCGCUUCACGCGCUCGGACGAGCUGCAGCGCCACCUUCAGACCCACACCGGCACCAAAAAGUUCCCCUGUGCGGUCUGCAGCCGCGUCUUCAUGCGCAGCGACCACCUGGCCAAACACAUGAAAACCCACGAGGGUGCCAAAGAGGAGGCUGCCGGGGCGGCGGCGGGCGACGGCAAGGCUGGCGGAGCUGUGGAGUCCCCCGGGGGCAAAGGCAAGCUGGAGGCCGAGGGCAGCGUGGCACUCUCCAACUGAGCUCCUCGGGUACCGCCACCCCUGUUGUUCUCUACUGAGGCAUGAGGGGCCCCAGGCCUGACGUCCUUCGGGGGCGGCUUGAGCUAGAGGGGAAGGUGGUUAUUUAUUGAGGGGGAGGAAAAGUGGUGCUGGGACAGGGAAACUGGGCGCUAGGGUUUUUUAGUCACUGGGACUGGAUGGGGCGUUUUGGACUGUU